AUGCCCGGCACGCCCAGCCUGCUGCCUCCGCUGCUCGCCCUGCUGUGCCUCGGGGUCGCUGACCCCAACCCCGACCGCGACCCCAACGAGCCGUGGUGCCCCUACAAGGUGGGCGGCGAUGGCGCGGCGGCGGCGCGGCUCUGCUUCCGCCCGCCGGCCCGCGGCUUCCAGUGCUCGGCGCGGGGGUGCCGCGCCCACCGCUCCGCGGGCGGUGCGCUGGUGGCCAACGUGCUGCGGAACGGCAGCGUGCUGCUGCAGUGGGGGCUGCGGCACUGGGGGCCGCCGCCGCGCCCCGCCGCCGCCCUGCGCGGCUUCGCGCUCAACUGCUCCUGGGACGGCACCUACACGCGCUUCCCCUGCGACAGCGUGGAGUUGGGAGCCGCAUGUCGCGACUACCUGCUGGCCGAGGCGCACGGCAGCGUGCGCUACCGCCUGUGCCUGCAGCCGCGUUAUGCCCCGCCGCGCCCCGCGCCGCCCGCGCAGUGCGUGGAGUUCCGCGUGGAGCCCGCGGCCAUGCGCGAUAUCGUCGUGGCCAUGACGGCCGUGGGGGGAUCCAUCUGCGUGAUGCUCGUCUUCAUCUGCCUGCUGGUGGCCUACAUCACCGAGAACCUCAUGAGCCCCGCGCUCAGCCGCGGAGGACACGCGGCCGCCGCUCCGCGCCGCGCGUAG